UACCUACUCCACAAACUAUUUCGCGACAAUCACCUUUACUCAUUCAUACCAUCCUUCCUAUACACGACGCCACUAUGUCGACUGUCGCAGACGAUCUCCUCAACGAUUUUGGAAGCUCAGGCGAUGAGGCCGAAGAAGAGCUGAAUGAUGGCCUCAUCAAGGAUGAAGAGGCAACCGGCAACCGUGACGCCAUGGAGCUGGAUGGCGACGCUGAGACGAGGGACGACGAAGAUUCGGAUGAUGGAUUGAACGACAGAGAAGACUCCGAAGCAACAAAAGUAAAGGUCGAGAAGAUGCAGCUUGGAGGAGUAAAGGAUGUGAGAAGCGUUGCCAGCCUUAUGCAAACGCUUGAACCAGUUCUCGAGAGAAUCGCACAUUACCGAUCGCAAGCCGCGACCCAGAAUACCAACGUCGGAAACAUCGAAGAUCAUCCCGAGUAUCAUCUUCUGACGCAGUCCAACAGUCUUUCAACCCAGAUCGAUGGCGAGGUUGUACUCGUUCAUAAGUUCAUUCGCGACCACUACUCGACAAGGUUUCCUGAGCUCGAGCGACUUGUCACGACGCCGCUCGAAUAUGCCAAGGUCGUUGCCAUCAUCGGAAAUGGCCCGUUGGAUUCGGAGAGUAUCAAGGCCCUGCAGACUUCGACUGACAACCCGCUUGGAAUAACCCUCAAGUCCGUCCUUGAUGGGCCGUCACUCAUGAUAGUGACGGUGGAGGCCACCACGUCAAAGGGCCACGAGAUGACACCCGAAGAGCUUCAGCGCGUCUACAAGGCAUGCGAUAUGGUUAUUGCCCUCAACAAGGCCAAGCAGACUCUCGCCGAGUACGUGCAGUCGCGCAUGAACAUUUUUGCGCCAAACCUGACAGCCCUUGUUGGUUCUCUCACGGCCGCCCAACUCCUCAACGCGGCAGGCGGACUGACAGGUCUCUCCAAGACGCCUGCUUGCAACAUCGCCUCUUGGGGAUCCAAGAAGAAGCACUCGGGGCUUGCUACGAAUAUAGGUGUUCGGCAGCAGGGCUACCUUUACAACUCGGAGAUGAUCCGAGGCAUUCCCAGCGACUUGAAGAAGCAAGCCUUGAGAAUCGUGUCAGCCAAGCUAGUUCUGGCUGCCCGGGUUGAUCGCACACACUCCAGUCCUGACGGAUCCACAGGAGAGGAGCUCAAAUCAGCUUGUCUUGAACGCCUUGAGAAACUGACAGAGCCACCUCCCAACAAAGGACAGCGUGCGCUCCCUGUGCCAGACGACAAGCCAUCCCGCAAGCGAGGUGGACGACGCGCUCGCAAGGCUAAGGAGGCUCUCGCUAUGACUGAUCUUCGCAAGCAACAAAACCGCAUGGCAUUUGGCAAGGAGGAGAGGGAGGUUGGAUAUGGCACUGGCGAGUCAACUGUUGGUAUGGGAAUGAUUGGUCAGUCCAACGACGGCCGCAUUCGCAGUACCCAGAUCGACCAGCGCACACGCGCAAAGCUCAGUGCCAAAAACAAGGGCUGGGGCGGAAACAGCACCGUGGGUGGUGCUGCGUCGUCUAUCGGUGGCUUUGGCCAAGCAUCUAACAUUGAUCUACGAGGACGCGGCUUACGAGCCUCGGGAGUUGGCAGCACCAUCGGUUCAGCAACCGGCACAGCAUCGUCUUUGUCAUUCACACCCGUCCAAGGUCUGGAGCUUGUUGACCCCAAGAUGCAGGCAGAGCUCAGCAAGAAGCGCAAAGCCGAGGAGGACCGCUGGUUCAAGGGUGGCAGCUUCACACAGGUCGGGGGGUCGUCAAGUGGAAGCGUUUUCAAGGUGCCAGAGCUCCCGGCAGCCAAACGUGUCGAUACAGGGUCAACCAAAACGAGUGCCUCAGCAUCAAAAUAAUUAUGGCCUCAGUAUCAUUCCUACACCACAGGUUAACUUGGUGCUUUAGGGGACACUACGUGGCUUGAUUGUCAUGGGAAAGUUCAGCGCUGUCAUGGGAAAGCGGACAUUUGCAUCAUCAUGAUCAUCGCCGAUGGUGAUCAUGAUGAUCAUGUAUUACAACGGCUUGCGGUUCGGGGAACCGGUCCUGCAGCGACCCCGCGCGCAGCAUUGCUACCAACUACGACGAUCAGCGAGGAAUAGUUGAAGAGUGCACGGUAAGAAACAGACGGAUAUUUCAUUCGGGCAGGUGUUUGGCGAAAACGGCGUUUCAGGGGGGGGAUCUACGAGUCCCAGGAGCGGAGUAGCAUGGGAAAGUAAUUAGCUCUCUAUCUCUGGUAGUUUCGAAUGGCUCUGGCUGGUUACAACAUGCUGUCCUUGGUCCGGAAUGUGAUUGAACACGAGACCGUAAUGUUGAGAAACCGGCUUGGACAAGGCUCGAAACUAAGGCAAAGUCGUUGGUAGAUUCAAGUUUGCCGUACAGUACUCCGUGCAGUCCAGUAGUUGACACAGGCACCAGGGUGUUUAAUCCAAAAACGGGCUGACCAAGGAAAAACAUAAAUCACAAAUCUCGAUCGAUCGACAGUGAUCAGCAAAAUUCACCAUCAACGUGACCUGUCAAACGGGAAACAUGGUCGUAGCAUAUUGGUCCUUUCUCUCACUGAGAGGAUUCUACGUCGCAUCAUGAGAGGCCCUUUGUGCUGUGCAUAUUCCUUUCGCAGUUACACCAGGGUCGUGUUCCUAGAUUCCGGACGUACGUUGACAUGGCGCGGCCGUUUUUUGCUCUUCAGGCUGAGGUUAAACCAAGUUCCAAGUUGCCUAUCAAGGACGGACUCGUCAGUCACAGCCACAGUUACAGGGUAACAGUACAGUAGUAGCUGAUGGCCCUGUUCUUGUCUUGACAAGGAUACCGGCACACCGCCAGAAACAUCUGUUUCAGGGUAUCGAGAUAUGAGAAUUUUGUCUCAGUACUCUUUACGACACAUUGCUCCUCCAGCUGUUACAAUGCCAUGUAUUGGAACAGACGAGCAAAGUUGGCAUGGCGCACCCUCAAUGCCGGGCCUGAUUGAUCGAGUACCCCUUUCCUUGUUUCCAAGGGAUCCAUGGUGGCAUGGUGACGCAAAGAAUGUUGAUAUACAACAGCCUGGACUUUGUCAGGAUGAAAAGGCGAUGCCACCAUACACAUCAGAAAGGAUGGCGGGGGCGGUAGAGAGCACCAGGUUGUCUGGGGUUGUCUAUCCUGGAAAGGAUAGUUAACGCAUGCGAUGUUGUGGGUUAGGUUAGCCGAG